ACUCUGGCCGGGCUCUGGGAACCCCGGGGGCCUCCUGCGCCGGGAGACCCUCUCCCCUCCCCCGGCUCCCCUUCCCCGGAGCUCUGGCCUCCGCCUGCCCCGGCCCCUCUCCCCCGCCGGGCUUUUCUCUUGCAAAUGGAGUGGGCGGGCGCAGGUGGAGCGCUCCCGCUGUCCCCGGAGGGGCACCCCGACCUUCCCGAGCCCGGCCUCCCAAACUGGGGCUAUGGACCCCCCAGGGCUGGAGGGCUCAAUCCAGGGUACUCAGCUCCCCUCCCUGGGAGGGUCGGGCCUUGGGUCACACCCCCAGCCCGCACCUGAGGUGACCCUGUCUUCCUCCAGCCCUAUGCCCAGGAAACCUUGGGACCCCUUAGAAAAAAUGCCACUCUGGGGCUCAGCUAUCAUUCACCCUGGAUGCCUGGACCUGCCACCCGCCAGGCUGAGGCCACCCCAGGCAUCUCCCUGGGCCCCCUGUCUCCCUGCCACCCCGCUCCUCCUGGCUUGGAGGUCAGCGCCAUCUCCCCGAUAGGCCAGCCCUGGGCCCUGGGAGGCCUCUGCUGACCUGCCUUUCCCAGGAGCUUUCAGUCCCGUCUUUACAGGGGAGACUGCAGCCCCCAGAGGGUGCACUGAGGGAGGGGUCCUGCCGGAGGCCGGCUGGGCUGGCAGUGCUCUGGGCAAAGAGCUCUAAUUUCUGCUUCUGAAAUGGGUGCUGCGUUGGGUACCCAGGCCAGGAGGCUCCCUGAGAGCUGGGGGCUCCUCCCAGGGCAGUAGAGCAGGGAGCUGAUGUCUUUUCAUGUGAUGUUAAGUGGGGGCAGGGUGUUAAGGUAGCGGUGAGGGGCAGUGGUCAUCUAGCAGGUGCUCACUCCAUUCGUAGGCCUCUGUCAACCAUAUGGCAGCUUGCUGGGUGGCAUGGACAGGAGGGGAGGGAAGAGGACAGGCUCAGGUCCUGAGCUGCAGUAGCUCCCCAAGGUGUUGCUGGCUGCCCCUCCCAGCCACCUUGACUCAGUCACCUAAUGAUUAUGCUGCCUGCAGUUACUGGGGUUAUACAGGGAAAUGAAAGCCAGUAGGGUGCCAGGGGUGGGGAUCAGGGCAAAGGUGUCCACCAGAGGUCCUCUGGGUGAGGUGAUUGGUGCCCACUGCCUGAUUGGUGCUUUAUAUAGCGCUCCAGUCCUGUGUUUUAGCCUCACUGGGGGAAGAAAUCUCAGCUUGGAAAGGUCGAGACCCACUCUGAGUCAUUCAGCAUGAAGAAAACCAUCUACAGGAGUGUGUGCCUGGCCCUGGCCCUGCUUGUGGCCGUGACAGUGUUCCAGCGCAGUCUGACCCCCAGUCAGUUUCUGCAGGAUGCCCUGCCUCCCACCCCGGAGCCACAGAAGGGCGGCGGACAGUUGCUGAACUCCAACAGCUUCUGGAAGCAUCAGAAGGAUGUGGCCAUCCCCACUCCCACCCCUUCUCGGGGUCCCCAGGCCUGGGACGUGACUACCACUAACUGCUCAGCCAAUAUCAACUUGACCCACCAGUCCUGGUUCCAGGGCCUGGAGCCGCAAUUCCAGCAGUUUCUCUUGUAUCGCCACUGCCGGUACUUCCCCAUGCUGCUGAACCACCCGGAGAAGUGCAGGGAGGAUGUCUACCUGCUGGUGGUGGUCAAGUCCGUCAUCACGCAGCACGACCGCCGAGAGGCCAUCCGCCAGACCUGGGGCCGGGAGCAGCUGUCCGCAGGCGCCGGCCGGGGCGCGGUGCGCACGCUGUUCCUGCUGGGCACGGCCUCCAAGCAGGAGGAGCGGACCCACUACCAGCAGCUGCUGGCCUACGAGGACCGCCUCUAUGGCGACAUCCUGCAGUGGGACUUUCUCGACACCUUCUUCAACUUGACCCUCAAGGAGAUCCACUUCCUCAAGUGGCUUGACAUCUACUGCCCCCACGUGCCCUUCGUCUUCAAAGGCGACGAUGAUGUCUUCGUCAACCCCACCAACCUGCUCGAAUUUCUGGCUGACCAGCGGCCACAGGAAAACCUGUUCGUGGGCGAUGUCCUGCAGCACGCACGGCCCAUCCGCAGGAAGGACAACAAAUACUACAUCCCCGGGGCUCUGUACAGCAAGAACAGCUACCCACCCUAUGCCGGUGGUGGUGGCUUCCUCAUGGCUGGUGGCCUGGCCCGGCGCCUGCACCACGCCUGUGACACCAUAGAGCUCUACCCCAUCGACGAUGUCUUCCUGGGCAUGUGCCUGGAGGUGCUGGGCGUGCAUCCCACGGCCCAUGAGGGCUUCAAGACCUUCGGCAUCUCUCGGAACCGCAAUAGCCGCAUGAACAAGGAGCCGUGCUUCUUCCGCUCCAUGCUCGUUGUGCACAAGCUGAUGCCCCCCGAGCUGCUGGCCAUGUGGGGGCUGGUGCACAGCAACCUCACCUGCUCCCGCAAGCUCCAGGUGCUCUGACACCGGCUGGGCCACCCGGACAGGCCAGGGCAUGCACUUCCGAGUCCCCGAGGUAUCAGGGCUGAAGCCGCGGUGCCCAGGCAUAGCCUUUGGUCCCUGCGGGGAGGUGGGGGGUUGGGGCCUACGUGCCACUGGGUGUGGUGGGGUGCAGGUAGCCAGAGAGGGGCCUCCCUGUGCAGAUGAUUUCCAGAAAUCGAGGCCCAGGAAUGGUCGGAGCUGCCACCAGGAGGUCCCCCGAGAAGUGAAGACAUAGGCCCUGGCGGCCCUCCUGACCUGGGUCUGUUGCCUGGCGCCUUCUGACCCAGUGUGAGGCCCUGGUGGCCUCUGAAGGAACCCUGUGCUCAGGUACCCAGGCUAGGCCCGGCCCCAGGGGUCUGGGGCUGCCCUUGUCUUCACAGGGAAGUCUCCCUCUGUGAAAUGCCACAGUCUCCCCAGGGACCAGGCGGCCCUUUCAGGAGAAGCUCAACCUGUGCAGGCUCACAGGUGUCCCCUGCAGUCCAUGUCCCCAAGUCUCGAGGGUACCUCAGCAGGCUCUCUGCUCCUGGGGGCUGCGCUCCUAGCUGUGUCCUCUGAGGUCUGGAAGCGCAUCAGCCACUCUAACUACCUCAGUGCUCCUCAGAACCUCCACGUGGGCUACCCACCCCACCCCGACACAGGCCAAAAGAGCAGCACCCGGCCCCCGACAUCCUAAUGCUAUCUGACCCCGGCCUGAGCCAAGGUCCCUCCUGCAGCCCUGCCAAGGCCUGGCUCCCUGACUGGACAGCAGCCAGUUUGGCCCUGGGGUGGACAUUCCUCUAUUACUGUGAAGUUUUAUUUAUGAAGAAUUUGGAGGGAGAAGGCUCCAGGCCUCAGGAGGUGAUGGUGUUCUCCCGGCCCACCCCUUCCUCUCCCUCACUCCGGCUGCCCCCGGCACCCGGGCCCUUGCCAGUCCUCUCCAGAGCCUGCCCCACCCGCUUCUCCAGGGUCUGACAGACCAGCAUUUGCCCCGUGAAGGGAUGGAUCGGGGCCCCUGGGGUGGGUGCAGAAGGAUGCCACCUCCUACCUCAGGCUGGAGUCACCUGGUAAGGAUAGAGGGAUCGACUAUUUUCUCAAUAAAAUGGGACUGGUUUUUUU